AUGGCUGGCGCGGACGAAACGCUCGCGGCCGCUGCUGCCAUCCUCCAGGGUCUGGCCAGAGAGUCUCCCUCCGGCACCGCGCCUCCCUUCGAUUUCCAAUUUUCCCUCCCGCCCGCCAAUGGUUACGAUGCAAAGAUUUCAAAACUCCCCGGUGACCCGAGCCCGGCCAAGGCUGCCUUUGAAAGCGAGUUGGAGGCGUUAGUCCGCAGGAUUCAUCAUCUGGAGUUCCAAACUGUCAGUCACCAACCUUCCUCCCCCGGCAUCUCCCCUGACGCUUCUGGGUCCGCUCUCCAGCCGAGUCGGGGAGAAGCCGGAUUUCUCUGGUCCUUUGGUCUCUCUCGCCCACACUCCCGGCAAAAUUCUAACGAAUCUUCCACCCUGCAGCAACAAAACUCGCACCCGCCACAACGAACGAGACGGACAGGCGCCGAGCCGGAAGAACGUGAAGAAGAUUUGGAGGAGGAUGACAGCGACGAGGAGGAGGAGUUGGACUCCAGGACUCGACUGGUGCGCGAGGAGGACAUCAGCUAUCUUCGGAACCAUGUCCAGAAACAGGCCGAGGAAAUCAGUUUUCAGAAGGACAUCAUCGCCCAGGUCCGGGAUGAGUUACAACAACAGGAAGAGCAGACGCGCCGCGCGCUCACCAAAGUCGAGAAUGAAGACGUCGUGCUGCUGGAACGGGAGCUCCGCAAGCAUCAGCAAGCGAACGAAGCUUUCCAGAAAGCCCUCCGAGAGAUCGGCGGCAUUAUCACCCAGGUCGCGAACGGUGACCUGUCCAUGAAGGUGCAAAUUCACCCCCUGGAGAUGGACCCGGAAAUCGCCACAUUCAAACGGACCAUCAACACCAUGAUGGACCAACUCCAGGUCUUUGGUAGCGAGGUGUCCCGAGUCGCCCGCGAGGUCGGAACGGAAGGUAUCCUCGGCGGCCAGGCCCAGAUCACCGGAGUGCAUGGUAUCUGGAAGGAACUGACGGAGAACGUCAACAUCAUGGCCAAGAAUCUCACCGACCAAGUGCGCGAAAUCGCCGCCGUCACCACCGCCGUCGCCCACGGUGACCUCAGCCAGAAGAUCGAAAGUCGCGCGCAGGGUGAAAUCUUGGAACUGCAGCAGACCAUCAAUACCAUGGUGGACCAACUACGCACAUUCGCGACGGAGGUCACGCGGGUGGCCCGUGACGUCGGCACAGAAGGUGUUCUUGGUGGUCAAGCCCAGAUUGAAGGCGUCCAAGGCAUGUGGAAUGAACUGACGGUGAACGUCAACGCCAUGGCCAACAAUUUGACCACGCAAGUGCGUGAUAUUGCGACCGUGACCAAAGCCGUCGCCAAGGGUGACCUGACCCAGAAGGUGCAGGCUAACUGCAAGGGAGAGAUUGCAGAGCUGAAAAAUAUCAUCAAUUCCAUGGUGGACCAACUACGGCAGUUCGCUCAGGAAGUCACGAAGAUUGCAAAGGAGGUCGGCACGGAUGGUGUGCUCGGUGGCCAGGCUACCGUCAAUGAUGUGGAGGGCACGUGGAAGGAUCUGACCGAGAAUGUCAACCGUAUGGCCAACAACCUGACCACCCAGGUCAGGGAGAUCGCCGAUGUCACGACCGCUGUGGCGAAGGGUGAUCUGACCAAGAAGGUCACCGCCAACGUCCAGGGGUCACCAUCAACCACAUGGUGGACCCGUCUCGCCAAAUUCGCAACGGAAUUGAAGAAGGUCGCACGCGAUGUCGGUGUCGAUGGCAAGAUGGGUGGUCAGGCGAACGUGGAGGGAAUUGCCGGAACGUGGAAGGAGAUUACAGAGGACGUGAAUACCAUGGCCGAGAACCUCACGUCCCAAGUGCGCGCAUUCGGCGAAAUCACGGAUGCUGCCACCGACGGCGAUUUCACCAAGCUUAUCACCGUCAACGCCUCGGGUGAGAUGGACGAGCUGAAGCGAAAGAUCAACAAGAUGGUUUCCAAUCUCCGGGAUAGUAUUCAGCGAAACACCGCCGCCAGAGAGGCAGCCGAGUUGGCGAACCGCACCAAGUCCGAGUUCCUGGCGAACAUGAGUCACGAAAUCCGCACACCCAUGAAUGGCAUUAUCGGCAUGACGCAGUUGACCCUAGACACGGAUGACCUCAAGCCUUACACGCGCGAGAUGUUGAACGUGGUGCACAACCUGGCCAACAGCUUGCUGACGAUUAUCGACGACAUACUAGAUAUCUCGAAGAUCGAAGCUAAUCGGAUGGUCAUCGAAAGCAUUCCGUUCACUGUGAGGGGAACUGUCUUCAACGCUUUGAAGACCCUGGCGGUGAAGGCCAACGAGAAGUUCCUUAGUUUGACCUAUCAAGUCGAUAACACAGUACCAGACUAUGUUAUCGGCGAUCCGUUCCGUUUACGACAGAUCAUCCUGAACCUGGUUGGCAAUGCCAUCAAGUUCACCGAGCACGGAGAGGUCAAACUAACGAUCCGCAAGUCGGACCGUGAACAAUGUGCAGCCAAUGAGUAUGCCUUUGAAUUCUCAGUGUCCGAUACCGGUAUCGGCAUUGAGGAGGAUAAACUCGACCUGAUCUUCGAUACGUUCCAGCAGGCCGACGGGUCGACCACAAGGAGGUUUGGUGGAACGGGUCUGGGUCUCUCCAUCUCGAAACGACUAGUGAACUUGAUGGGUGGUGAUGUCUGGGUCACUUCUGAGUAUGGCCAUGGCAGUACCUUCCACUUCACCUGUGUCGUGAAGCUGGCGGACCAGUCCCUGAAUGUCAUCGCCUCGCAGCUUCUGCCAUACAAGAACCACCGGGUUCUUUUCAUCGACAAAGGAGAGAACGGUGCCCAGGCGGAGAACGUCUUGAAGAUGCUCAAGCAAAUUGACCUCGAGCCCCUGGUAGUCCGGAACGAAGACCAUGUCCCGCCUCCCGAAAUCCAAGAUCCUUCCGGCAAGGAGUCUGGUCAUGCGUACGACGUUAUCAUCGUUGACUCUGUUGCUACGGCUCGCUUGCUGCGGACGUUCGACGAUUUCAAAUAUGUACCGAUCGUUUUGGUCUGCCCCCUGGUGUGCGUUAGCUUGAAGUCUGCUCUGGACCUCGGCAUUAGUUCCUACAUGACGACGCCUUGUCAGCCGAUCGAUCUCGGCAAUGGCAUGCUACCGGCUCUGGAAGGCCGCUCGACGCCCAUCACCACCGACCACUCCCGCUCAUUCGACAUCCUCCUCGCCGAGGAUAACGAUGUGAACCAGCGCUUGGCUGUGAAGAUCCUAGAGAAGCACAACCAUAAUGUCUCUGUUGUCAGCAACGGUCUGGAGGCUGUCGAGGCUGUCAAACAACAUGCCGGUCAUGGGUGGCUUUGA